GGACCGUUUGUGAACCAGGAAGUCGUGCGACGCUGUCAAGUUUCACCUGAGAAGACAAGGGAUACAAUCAUGGCAGAAGCGUCGAGCCACACGGCUGCUGGUCAGUCGUCGGUGGCGGCUCAGGUUCCCUUUGUCGACUUGUGCACUGUUCUAGAGAAAAUACAGAAGUCCAAACUCCGCCCGGAGAAAUCUAAAAUCCUUGGAGACUUCAUCCAGUCUUGGAGAAACUUCCAUUCUGCACUGCAUGGCAAUGGCCAAAAUACACAAGACUCCUUUUACCCAGCAAUGCGUCUCAUUGUCCCGUCUUUUGAACGAGAGCGAAUGGCUUAUGGCAUCAAAGAGAGCAUGUUGGCUAAACUCUACAUAGACGUGUUAGGCCUGCCGAAGAACGGCCCCGAGGCAAAUAAACUGUUGAACUAUAGAGCACCGACCACAUCUCAGGGGGACGCUGGCGACUUCGCCAGCAUGGCGUACUUUGUCCUGAAGAAACGUUGCACCAACCAGGGGAACCUCAGCAUCAAAGACGUCAACGACUUCCUGGAUUCAGUUGCCAUGAAUAACGCCAGCAAGAAAAAGGAUCUAGUGAAAAAGAGCUUGCUGCACCUCAUAACGCAGAGCACAGCUCUGGAGCAGAAAUGGCUCAUCCGGAUGAUUCUGAAGGACAUGAAGGUCGGGAUUAGCAAGGAAACUGUUCUUCAAGUCUUUCAUCCCGAUGCUGCUGAACUGUACAACGUCAACACAGACCUGAACAAUGUUUGCCGGCAGCUCCACAACCCCUCCGUUUCCUUAAGUGACGUCUCCAUUGGGCUGUUCUCUGCCUUCAAGCCCAUGCUAGCUGCUGUGGCAAACAUCCGAAAUGUUGAGAAGCAGAUGGGUAACAGUCCUUUUUACAUAGAAACCAAGUUGGAUGGGGAACGUAUACAGCUGCACAAAGACGGUGAUGUGUACAAGUACUUCAGCAGAAACACUUUUCAAUACACUCAGCAGUUUGGAGGUUCACCAUUAGAGGGCUCGCUGACUCCCUAUAUCCACAAUGUCUUCAAGAGCCAUGUUGUUAGCUGCAUCCUUGAUGGAGAGAUGAUGGCCUACAACCCCACCACAGAGACCUUCAUGCAAAAGGGCAGUAAAUUUGACAUCAAGAGGCUGAUGGAAGACUCCGAGCUACAAACAUGCUUCUGUGUUUUUGACGUCUUGCUUAUUAAUAACCAAAAACUCGGCAAAGAGACGCUGAAGAAGCGGUACGAGAUGCUGCAGACAAUUUUCACCCCGGUUAAAGGGAGGAUUCAGUGGGUGGCAAAGACAGAGGCCAGGACUAUGCAAGAGGUGGUGAAUUCACUCAACGAUGCCAUUGACAACAGAGAGGAGGGGAUCAUGGUGAAGGAUCCGCUCUCUAUUUAUAAGCCAGACAAACGAGGGGAGGGGUGGCUGAAGAUAAAGCCGGAAUAUGUGGAUGGACUGAUGGAUGAGCUAGACCUGCUGAUUGUCGGAGGCUACUGGGGUAAAGGACGGAGAGGCGGGAUGAUGUCCCACUUUCUUUGCGCUGUUGCAGAAGCUCCCAAACCUGGCGAGAAACCCUCUGUCUUUCACUCCAUCUGUCGUGUUGGUUCUGGCUACACCAUGAAGGAGCUGUACGACCUUGGCUUGAAGCUGGCCAAGCACUGGAAAGUCUACCGUAAAAAUAAUCCUCCAGCGUCCAUCCAGUGUUCAACUGAGAAGCCAGAAGUCUAUAUCGAACCCUGUAACUCAGUGAUCCUCCAAGUCAAGGCGGCAGAGAUCGUCUCCAGCGACAUGUACAAGACCAACUGCACACUGCGCUUCCCCAGAAUUGAGAAAAUCCGCGAGGACAAGGAGUGGUACCAGUGCAUGACUCUGGCUGAGCUGGACCAGUUCCGUGGUAAGGCUUCCGGGAAGCUGGCCUCACGCCACCUUCAAAUCGGUGAAGACGAACCACAGAGAAAGAAGCGCAAGCCACAAGCCAAACCCAAAAAAGCCGUCGGGAUUGUCGACCACUUUAAGAGUCAAGACCUCUCAGGGGUCGCCAAGGAGAUGGAUAUGUUUGAGGAUGUGGAGUUUUGCAUCCUCAAUGGCACAGACGAGCAUCCCAAGUCAGAGCUGGAAAGGGGCGUGGUCAGGUGCGGUGGUAUUGUGGUGCAGAACCCUGGCAGGGACACCUACUGUGUAAUUGUGGGCCUGGAGAACAUGCGUGUGAAGAACCUGAUUUCCUCCAACCAGCACGACGUGGUCUGGGCCACCUGGCUGCUGGAGUGUCUGGAUCAGAAGCAAGUGCUGCCAUGGCAGCCACGUCACAUGAUCCACAUGUCACCGUCCACCAAAGAGCACUUUGCCAAGGAGUACGACAGCCACGGCGACAGCUACUUCGUGGACACAGACAAGCAGCAGCUACAAGAGGUGUUCAGUCGGAUUCCUGUCGCAGACAUGGAUGUUGACGUUGGACUGGUGGAGGACAAGUACGACUGGCAGCUUUCCACCAGCAUGUUCAGGCCUUUCAGAGCUUACAUGGACAUCUACACGCAGAUUGGAGACCCUGGCUCUGCCAUGGAGGCCAGUCCAUUAGACAUAAGGGAGUUGGAGUUUCGCUAUCAUGGUGGUACUGUGGUGAAGCGUUUGGAGGAAGGGGUGUCACAUGUCAUUAUUUCCGAGGAAACAAGGCUUUUAAAUUUGAGGGCAGUAAGGCGCCGUUUUACAGGGAAGUUUAAGAUUGUUAGAGACUCUUGGGUGAUUGACUCCAUCCAGGCAGGACACCUGAUGGACGACAACAACUACCUGGUUUAAAAUGACUCACUGCAGGUUUUAAUCGCUUUGUACAUGUGUUUUAACUGAAAAGCAGCCAAGCCUUUAUCAUUUUAAGGACAAAUCUCAUGAAGCAUUUUUUAACAAUUUUAAAUGAAUGAAUUUUGAA